AAUUUAAAUACCAUAAGCUGGUCCGUUCUCCCCGAGCUUCUAGAUCUGUUACCAAACAAGAGGAGGAAAACGGUGAGUGCCGAAGUUGCAGCUGCACCAAAGCCAGAUCACUACGAUAGAGCAAGUGAAUUGAAGGCUUUUGACGACACAAAAGCCGGUGUCAAAGGACUGGUAGAUGCUGGGGUUACUGAGAUCCCUCGUAUAUUCCAUUUACCACCGGACAUCUUUGACAAGAACUUAGUUUCUGACCAUGACAAUCAGUUCAGCACAAUUCCUGUCAUAGAUCUCAAAGGCAUCGAAAAAGAUGUGACAAAACGCAAGGAGGUUGUGGAAGCGGUUCGUGAUGCAUCAGAAACAUGGGGUUUCUUUCAGGUGGUGAAUCAUGGAAUCCCUGUGGGUGUUCUAGAGGAGAUGAAGGAAGGGGUGCGGAGGUUCUACGAGCAAGAUACUGAGAUUAAGAAAGAGUUCUACACUCGUGACCACAUGAAACCGGUUGUGUACAACACCAACUUCGAUUUCUAUAGUGCACCGACUACCAAUUGGAGGGAUACGUUUAUGUGUUCUAUGGCUCCUAAUCCUCCCAAGUCAAAACAACUACCAGCUCCAUGCAGAGACAUACUGGAAGAGUACUCCAAACAAGUGAUGGAGUUGGGGAUUUCAUUGUUCGACCUAUUGUCGGAGGCUCUUGGGCUAAACCCAAAGUACCUAAAUGGCAUUGAUUGCGCUGAGGGGCUCCAAGUUCUUUGCCAUUACUAUCCGGCUUGCCCACAGCCAGAGUUGACAUUGGGCACAACUCAGCAUGCUGACAAUUCCUUCCCUACUGUGCUUCUGCAAGACCAUAUUGGUGGCCUCCAAGUUGUUCAUCAGGACAAGUGGACCGACAUUCCCCCCGUGCCUGGGGCUCUUGUUGUUAACGUUGGAGAUCUUCUACAGCUUAUAACAAAUGAUAGGUUUAAGAGCGUUGAACACAGAGUAUUGGCCAGCCUGACAGGUCUAAGAGUGUCUGUGGCAAGCUUUUUCUGCACAGGUUUUCAGCCGACCGGAAAAGUUUAUGAACCCAUCAAGAAAUUAUUAUCAAAAGACACUCCUCCAAAGUAUAAGGAAACCACAGUGAGAGAUUACAGUGUCUACCUCCAAGAAAAGGGCCUUGAUGGGACUUUUGUGCUGCUGCAUUUCAGGAUUUGAACUCUUAUACACGUUUCGUGUUGGAUUUCAGGAUUUCUCAAACUACUUUAAGUGGUUAAUUGCUAUAUUAUCGGAAAAAAAAAUGUUAGGGGCCCAAGUCUACCUAUAUAGACUCAUAGAGGAGUGUUACAAGGGCAACUACUUAUAUAUGUACUCUAAAUCUCAUUUAUUAUAAGUACCCUUUAAAACCAUAUGUCAAUCCAUGCGACAAUAUCGCAAUGAUCUUUUUUAUGGUUAUGCCGCGAUCGAUGAUAGGUACUUAAUAUAUUUGGAACCUUCUGAAGAUUUUCUAUA